CAAAGCAUAUAAGAAUAUUCAUAAAAUGAAGAUAUCAAUUUACAUAAUUUUCGUUUUCUCUACCUUCUCACUCAUUUCGGGGCAAUCUCCUGUCCUCGACACUGACCAGAUGCCGCUCGUAACUGGCCCCAGUUACUAUAUCGUGCCAGCCACGAGCGGUAGGGGUGGGGGCGUAAAGCUAGCUCCCACAACUUUAAACCAAACAUGUCCACUUGACGUAGCGCAAGAAAACAAUGAACAACUAAAUGGGAUGCCAUUAAAUUUCCUUCUUGCCAUCCCCAAUAGAGGGGGUGUCAUCCGUGAGACCAUGGAUCUUAACAUUCAGUUCACUGGUGCAACAACUUGUGGUAACCCUGCGGUUUGGCGAAUUGAGGACGUGAACGGACAACGUGUUGUAUCGAGCAGUGGAACGUUAGGGAACCCGGGUGCGGCUACCAUAAGCAAUUGGUUCAACAUAGUAACUUAUGAGGAUGGCUAUAAGAUUGUGUUUUGUCCAACGGUUUGUGACACUUGUAGGCCGGCGUGUGGAGACGUUGGUUCAACUAUUGCUAAAAACGGACGCAGAAGUUUGCUUUUGAGUAGUGAACCUCUUAAGGUCAAGUUCAAGAAAGCAUAAUUAUAUUAGUGAUACGUAAAUUAAGAUGUUAAGUUGUACUCGUAUGUAACUAUAUGUAACAAUAAUGGGUUACUCAUACUGUCGAUCUUAAAUUAAUCCUAAUUAUAUAAAUAGAAAGACGUGGUUUUUGGCUA